AUGCCCUCUCUCCGUGGACUCACGCCGACACGCUGGCGCGAGCGGUCUCGCGGGCGCGCCGCGUCUCCCGACGCUCCUCUUGAGCAGGCAACCUACGAUAUGGGACGACGAAGCCAAGCCAGCUCACAACGACCAGACAGCGGAAGGCAAAGCCGCGCAAGCGGACGACACAGCGACGACAGUGGACGACGAAGCGACGCCCGCCCUGCCUCUCCCAUCGACUACGCCCCGCCCAUCCUCUCAAAGCACCGCGGCCCCUCCCCCGCCGCCCGGCGCCGUCCCUCCCUGCCCGUCGGGUAUCGGCCGCCCUCACCACCGUCGUGCACACACUCCUCGCGCGAAGCAAGCACACCGUCGCUCGACCGCGCCGAGUCCGAGCCGGAACGCGGCCGCGCUCGCUCACGCUCUCGGAAACCAAAGAAGAAAUCCUCGUUUUUCCGGGACGACGGCGUGCUCGCGGCGCUGCGCCCAGGCAGCGCGCGCGCCCGUCCGGACGCCGAAGUGAUCGCUGAGCUGCGCGCGGAGAGCGACAAUUUCCUCCGCACGCUCGCGCACACAGAAGAGCGCCUCGGCCGCGCCGAAACCCAGAGUGCGCGCGCACACACCGAACUAGCGCGGCUGCGUGCGUCGGACGCCGCGCUGCGCGACGAAGUAGCAGAGCUGCGCCGCGCGGCGCUCGCGGCUCAAAAAGACGCCGCGGGUGCCCGCGAGAACGCGCGCCAUGCGGACGCCGCGCGCGAGCGCGAUGCCGAGGCGAGCGCGACGCGUAUUGCUCGCCUCGAAGCCGAACUGGGGGAUGUGCGCGACAGAUGGCGGUGGUUGAAGGAACACACGGCGUUCCGGGAGGCGUACUCGGGCUUCGUAGGGCAGCAGGUGGGGGAUUACGGCGCGUGGGAGGCGUUUUGGCGGCGGCGGCGGCUGCGCGCGCAGGGCGUGUUUGACGAGGUGGCGGACGGGGACACGGAAGCCGGGUGCGCAGAGUUCGAGGCGUGGCUCCGGUUCCGCGAGGACACGGAAGACGCGAUGCGCGACGCGCUCGCCGCGCGGCGCGAGGCGUGGGACGCCGACGUCGAGGCCGAAAGAGAGGGGUGGGCGGCCGACCGCAAGCGGUGGGAGGAGGAGCGCGCGGCGCUGCGCCGCCGCGAGGACCAGCUGCGCGCGCAGCUUGAGCACGCGUGCGGCGCCGAGCGCGAUGCCGUGCAAACCAAAAUCGACAAUUUGACCGGAUACCUGCGGACCAGCGAGGCGGAGCAGACACGCCUACGCACGGACCUCGGCGAGUCGCGGGCGGAGGAGGCGCGGCUGCGUGCUGCACUCGACGAGGCGUGCGCGACGGAGGCGCGGCUUCGGGCACGCUUGGAGCGGCGAGACGCCGCGCUCGCGCAGUAUGAUGAGGCCGUCGGUGUGCUCCGGCCACGGUUGGAGACUGAGACGCGCAAGCAUGCCGGGUAUCGGCGCGCGGCGGCGGGGCUGACCCGCGAAAAUGAGCGGUUGAAGGGAGAAGUGGCGCGGUUGCGGGAGAGCGGAGGCAAGGGUGAGGUGAGCGAGGACGAGUUUCACGAGACGGUCGAGGGAGUGUGA